GCGCCCGUGCCGGCGCGGGAAAGCCCGACCCCGCCCCACGAAGAAAUGCACCACGACCGGGCUUGUUGCCUAUGCUGUUGCUCCACUAUUCCUUGCACCGUCGGAGGCCGAUGGGGGCCUUCCCUGCUGCACCUUCGCUUUCGCCCUCGUCCAGCUUUGGGCCUCCGCGCAGCUGUUCUCGUAGUAAUCGAACCUUGGGCCGGUGCUGUUCUAAAAAACCGCGCGGGCUCGAAGACAAGGGUCGACUUCGGGGCCUGUGUCCUGCCACGCUUAAAUGAGCCAGCCCGAACAAGGCAGGAACGGCAGCGCGGAGCUCUUAGCGAACACAAAGAAGAAAAGCACCCGCGCACCAAGUACGCUAUGCGCAAAUUGGACAUCGGAGUGAGGAGUUCCCCUCAACAUGCUGCAGAAGGCCUCCCGCGUUGGGUCGCACCCGACCGAUUCUGCUAUUUCCCGCUUUGCGGGGCAACCGCUUGCUUCAUGCAACAAUUGCUCCAGUGCCCGCUCCCUGAAGGCCCGCAGCUGUCGGUCUCGUUGCUCGAUCCUUAUCCAUCGCGGCACAGCGGCGGCAAUAUGCUAGCUCCGCAAGCUUGCCUUCUUGACGCUGUUGCAAAUGGGAGCUUGUUUGUUCUAGCCGUGCCGACGGGUAUCGAUGUGCCCAAUUAUCGCGGUGUGGGAAGUGUGCCCACUAUACUAUCGUCGCUCGGUUGCGAUAGUCGCAAUACCCAGGCGAAGCUAGGGUGAAAAGGGCGGCCUUCGUUUGCCGAGUCCGGUUCAUGAGGGCGUUUUCAUGGGGCGUACUUUUCUCCUUGAUAACGGGCAGUCCAACCGCUUGGUGACCCGGCUGUCCUCCACUUCCCCGGAUAUUGCACAGGAAGUCGCGAUCAAAAACCUGGACUUUUAUCGUGUGCAAAGACGUCCCCACCCUGUAUUUGUCCCCCCGAUUUGCAUCUGCAAAAAUCUGUGGUCAUGCACAUCCCAAAUGAGGCACUAGCUACUUCUAGUCCUCAAAGAAGAAAUUUUUGAAUUGCUUGAUAAUUUUGAAUCGCUCAGACGCUCUCGUACUUUUUUCCAUUCGUCAUGCUGCAACGCAGGAUACUAGGCGGCCCACCCGACAACUUUGUGAUGCGGCUAUGUUUGCUAAGCAGCACUACGCUACAAAUACAAACUUGUCAUCCGCAGCUGUCAAAACUGCUUCGCUUGUGUAGCAAAGUACUCAUUUUGACAUAGGUGUCCCUCUUGGAAAUGUGCUUUCCGCACGGUGUACGGUGCCGGUCCUUUCGCGGCGGGGACGUUUUUGCACAGGAUAGCCCCUUCGGGUGCAAGAAAGGAAACAAGGACCAAAAACACACCAUUCGCAAGGUGUUUUUCCGCGAGGUGCAUUCCCACGCCGUGCUGUCGCAGUUACUGCACACUGAUGCCCCGGUACUGAUUAUACUUAGUUGAGUCUUUGUUUUUCUCUGUUAGUACAUGAUAUAGUUCUUCGUCUUGCAGCACGUCGCCCGACUUACACAAACAAACAAAAUUAUUUUUCGCAGCUCCUGUUCUGCAUCGCGCAGCUGAUUAUCCAUUGGAAAUAUGUUUGGUUCUGGCUGGGUGGCGAGAUUUAUUAUGCACAUUGUCCAGCAUGCCUCUAUUUCAUGCGGUUUUCCGUUGGAAGCUAGUAUUCACGGGUUCUGCAACAAGGUCUUCGCAAGGCCUGAGAAGCUUCCUCUUAUCUCAACCAAAAGUGGAGAGCUUUUGCUACUCAUGCAAGCCGUAUGCUUUUGUGACCCACAGGAGCGAGGACGCUGCGUCACUAGUUGCAAUAUUUCCGACCCAGACAUAUUUUCAGUGCAUACUCAUCUACUCGAGCGGAUCGGUAGACGAGAAGGGCAAGAUCAACAACCUGAAGAUUCACAUCUUGACGGAGUCCGGCGACAGCUGCAUCGGAACGGGAGAUGAAGAGCAGCACCAACAUACCGCCUACGGCUUGCAAAAGUUGUGCAGCAAGCUUGCAUAUUGCAGAACGUGCUCCGCAGGUGGAGUGUUGUAUUUUAGUUUAAUUCGCACGCAGGGUUUAAUUUUGCAAUAUCAGAACCAGACAUCUAUACUCUUAGUAGAUAAGUACUUUUUUUUUGUUCUGCAGCUCAUCUCUUUGGGCCGCCACAACUUUUGCGUUUCAUACUGUCGGGACCUUGGCCAAAUACAAGAACAUUUCCACGAACAACGUGAUCAUCCAGUGCACGCAGAUGAUCUUUGUCCUGGACAAGCUUGGGAUAGCCUCCCGCGACAUAAAACCCCAGAACAUUCUGGUCAUUGUAUCCUGAGUAAAAGAGGCUUCCCCACCCAAGAGUUGUAAUGCAAAUCUGGAUGCUUUUCGAAAUGAAUUAACAAGUUUCUCAUGCGGAGACCUAUGAGAAAAUUUUAUUUUUAGUGGUGUUUUGAGAUUUGUGAUGCUCCGAUCAGCAUCAUAUGCUAGGUCUGUGAUGCCGCUACACAAGCUAAACACGACUACUUACAAUGCGCGCAACAACCAACAUUUUGGCGAAAUUGUCUAGCAGAGUUCCAAUCUUGAGCCUGGGGUGGGGACGUCUUUGCUCACAAUACAUCAAGGGCCUCAAGGAAAUGGCCGUAGAGUUCGACACCCCGCUUUCCUUCAUGGACAUGAUCAACCAGGGCUGGUUCGCGCCGUAUUACAGCCUGAAAACCACCGCCGAGGACGGCUUCAAGAACGAAGCGCUGUUCCGAGUCACGGCCAAGGGGGCGCGGGUGUUCAAUCAAAUUCUGUUCGAGAAAAGCGGGUCUGGAAAGUUGGAAGCUGCAUCUGCAACAACGUAUCAAUUGCAAAUCAAUAUGUCUGGGUCUGGAAACUUGCAACUUGUAACGCUUGCUUUGCCUUCCUUGGAAAUGUGUUUUGCAUAACAAACAAAAGUCACAGCCAUUCUUGUCAUGCAAAAACGCAGCUUCUGAUGCGGACUGCCUAGGUUGAGAAAGCGGUCUGGAAAGUUAUCACGCUGGGCUGCAUUUGCAAGUGUCUGCAUCAUCCACAUUUUUGCAUCAAAAGUUUCCAGACACAGACAGAUUUGCAUUUGAUAACGGCGCCGCGGUGCCGGGGCCGGUCUCUCCGGGCAUGACGCUGGACUACAUGCAUUUGCACCUCCCGCCCCAGGUAUGCAUUGCGAAUAUGUCCGGUUGUUCUGGAAAGUUGGAACUUGUGAAGCUUGAUGUCGUGCAUUUUUGCAAAAUCUGUGUUGCGUGACCGAUAAGAGCGAAGCUUCUUGUCUCAUGUAUCAGUAACGCAGUUUGUCAUCAUGCGCAUUAGGGAUGAGAUUCAGAAACUUGUCAUGCUGGGCAACACCAAGAAAAAGAACUGCAGCUGCACUGCUGCAAUCAUCCAUAACCCAGCAUCGCAAGUUUCCUGACCUCGGCAGAGCCUGCCCGACUCCAGAGGGAGUAGUUCAAUGCACCCAAUUUGUAUCUUGCGCAAUAUUAGCAUAGUAUGGUAGUCUAGUGGACGAAAUAGCAAGUAAUUAUUUUAGUUCUCUCUCUACUUAAAUCCUUACGUAGUUCUCAUAUUUUACUUUUGAAAAUUCAAGUCGUUCUCUUCCCCGUGCUGUGCCACGGUUUUGUUUCCUGACAAAACGCCAGACAUAUUUGCAAUGCAUACCAGGAAGCGGGAGGCGAUAAAGCCUCUCCCAACAAGCGCGGAGGUACGGGUCACGGAAAAACGCCGGAGGACGGGGCGGAAACUUCCGGCGGCUCUUCCAUCGAAGUCUGCGCCCAUCGCGUCAAACAGGAAAAACCCGGCCGCUACGUGGCGUUCAGCAACGACGACAAAGACCGCACGCCCGAAGCGGAGGAGAAAGGGACCAGAUUCACAGUGAAGCUGGGUACAGUCUUUGAGGUGGCGCGCUUGUGUGUGUUUAUUUUUUGAGGUGGUCGACUUUAAGCUUAAAGCCAAACCGAAAAGCAAAGGGUGGUCCUGGGCCUCAGUAUAUGUGAUAUACUUGAGCUUCUAUUUUGAAUUUGCAUAAUUUGCAAUAUUUACAAAAUCUAAAACAGGUACUUGCCUGAAACUGAUCGACAUCGCGUGUCGCCUAUCAGCUGCAAAUGACUCUCGAUCAGGAGAAGUGCAGGUGUUGCCCGGUCUUCUGUGUGCCAGACCAGAACUAGCGCGAAGUUGUGAUGCAGCUCGCCUCGUCUACUUCUGGCAGAGCCACAGUUAUGAUGUCAUGCGCGUACGAAGUAGAAGAGCUUGCAUCUGGUUGUAUCUGUGACACCAGUCGAGAAACCUUUUUCUUGAGAGUGAUUCACAUUCACCCCAGGCUUCCGUAAAGUGAAAUUAAUAAAUCAGCGAACCAUAUUAACCAUGCAAGAGUGUUCCUGAUUCCGAUGUUUUAUUUGCAGUGCAUAUUGAUCGGAACCCGAGGAAAGCGCGAGUGGCCACAUCACCCAGAUCGCGGGAGCCACACCGGCGUGGCGGGUCGAGCGCCCCCUCCCGACUUCGGACACGAACAAGGCGGGGGAACCCCACGAAAACUGGUCGAUCGCGCACCAAGACAAGCAGCAGAUGGGUUUGGUCCUUUUUAACAUGAUACGCAUGGCAAAGUUAUCGCGGUCUGUAAGGGUGUCAUGCUGAUCCAACUCGGGGGUGGAUGCUUACACAUAUGCAAGUAUAGUCGCUUCAUGCAUUUUUAUUUUAGUCGAACUUUUCGUCGCGACCAGUUAAACUUUUGCGAAUCCGAACAGGCAACGCUCCUGCACACAACACGCCAGGCAGCCAUCAAAGUUUACAGUACUCUAGACCCGGACAUAAUUUUUGCACAGCAUACACGAUGAAACACAAAUCGAAAAAGGCGGCGACUCCUUCGCAGAUCGACCUGUGCGAAAAAUUGGAUCUGGAUUUGGACAUCGAGGAGCACAUUGAGCUGUUCUGGACCUUUUACUGUGACCUGUACCACUUCCACACGAAAAAGUAUCGAUUGCAAAUGCAACCGGGCUGGAAAACGCCGAUUUAUACCUGAAAGGAAUCAUCAUGCCUCGUCCAAAGAGUUCCUGUUGUGAGCUGUGCAAAUUAAUAUGCCGCACCGAAAAGUAACGGCCUGGCAUAGUGAGGUGCCAUGCAGAAUAACUAUGCUGGUGUUCAUGCGUGAAGACAGAAACGGUAAAGCUUAGCAAGGAAGCUUUGGCAAAAAUCACUUAGACCAAGCUACUUGCAUUUCUCUUGACCCGGUCGCAUUUACAUUGCAUAGCUUCCACGACACGGGGAAGUCCAAUAACGCAAAUACCCGGAAGAAAUGGAUUGGCGACCAGCUGAAGUUGUACCAAAAGGAGCUGCAGCGAGACGAAGUGGAAUUAGAGAUCGUUCCGGACGAAAAGACGCAGUGGAACUACGAAAUGCAAAUAUGUCUGGGUUUGGAAAGUUCCGUUGUGACGCACGGUUGUGAAUGCUAGGAGCAGGAGCAUGACGAGUUCCUGCACUGCCAGGUCGCUGUUGCCUAAUCGCUGUUGCUGAUGCCACAGCAAUUGUUGCGCUCUUCCAGAGGACCCAGACACAUUUCUCGCAGUGCAUAGCAAGACCGGGUACGCGAUUCUCGAGCAAUACGACGAGUACGUUGCGGCGUGCAAGGCCCACAAAGUACACGAUCCCCUGGUCCUUGUGCCGCUCGUAUCAAAUGCAAAAGUGUCUGGGUCUGGAACAUUCUAAACUUGUGAUGCUGUCGUCUCUAAGGGUUCUAAAAAAAGUUGCAUUGCAUGACCAGCAAGAGGAUUCCAUUUUGUGCCAUGCAGAGAGGGCAUCUCUGAUGCGGUAGAGGUAUCACAAAGCCCUCUAAAAAUCUGUGAUGCUUCGGCAUGCAUUACAGACACCAUGGCUCAUGGAAAAUAUGCAUGACAAGUCUCGAAAUCUUCCAGACCCAGACAUAUUUGCAUUUGAUAACUGGGCCUCAUGAUUAUCACGUUGAAAACAAGUCUCCUCUCAGAGAAGAAAAAAAUGGAAUAAAAAAGUGCAGGAAUGCGAUCCUGUUGUAAAGAAAAUUUAAAUUUGCAUGGCUUUUGGACCUCAGUCUGCUGCUGGCGCGGUUGUUCAUGCGAAUGCUGCGGCUCGCAAAUAUGAACUCGAUUCCGUUUUUGCAUGCGCACGAUUCUUGCCGAGUUGCUCGACGAGACACAUCAGUCUCGUUUUUUUUGAGCAGGAACUUUUUUCAAAGUGAUAUGCUCGGGUGGUUGCUUUGUGGACCCGGACUUUUUGUCCAACGCCGGCAUCAUUGAACCCAAGGUGACCUAUCCUAGCGAAGAAAUAAGUGACACCCGUGCCAGAAAAAAAUUGAAUUUGCUCUAUUCCUUGUGUCCCGAAAAGUUGAUCUACAACCGGAGCAUCAAGGGAUCUUGGUCAUUCACAUUGGAGAGAGUAAGUGAUGCGGACCAGCACGACAAAAUGCUGGGUGGGAGAUCGAAAAUUCAGCAUGCUGAACGGGCAAUAUAAGAUUUUGCUUUUGUGACACAUCCGCAUUUUUUCCUGAUACAUAUGGGUGUCGUUUUCUGUAGGAUAUAAGUGCCGCCAUGAAGAUGCAGGAAGACAAGAUCGAAGCCAUUACGUCUUAUGGCAACGGGAUCGAAAUGCAAGACACAUAUCAACUGGAAAUAAAAUGUACUCGUUCCAUGAUCUGCGGAGGGUAAGGACCAAUCACCAACGUUCUUGCUUCGAUGUCAUGCAGAACGAGCCGACAGCAGGGUUACGUAGGAAGACAUGAAAUAUAACUACGCAUGCAAACGCCUCCUGGAUUGAUGAUUACAUACCCUGUUCGUACGUGCAUGCAGAAUGCAGUGUGGUGCGAGUGUAUUUGUCCUUUUGAUAAGUUGUUGAAAACUUUGAUGCGUGCGGUCGCGACGUUCAACAAGUAUCCUGGGUAAAAACGUCCCACUCCAAAGUCGUCAAUGUCAUGGAGAUCUGCAUGCUCAACACGUUUCUCAUGCGAAGCGUCGUGACAGACGUUCUGUAGUUAUGUUUUGCAAUUUGUCAUGCUUGAAAUAGAACAAGCAAGUAGCUUGGAUGUCACGCUGUUGCGUCUUGACAUUUUCCGUCUCGACUCUGGGGUGGGCACGUUUUUUCUCAGGAUAGAAGCAUGUCCGUGCUGUCCCCCUCCGUGCUCAAGCAACUGGAGAAUACGAGAACGGCCGAGGACAUCGUGUCGAAAGCGGCGAGCUUGAACACGCUGGGCUUCAGCUUCGGUAAAAUCCACGGCAUCAAACUCUCCAAAUCGUGGUGGAAAAAGGAAUGGGAUUUGUUUGUGCGAAAGAAAAGUGCACAGGAGAACAAGGAUCCAGAGGAGUACCCGCCGAUGUACCUCACGCGGUACAGGUACGUCGAAAUGUAUGUGAAUUCUGCCCUGGCGCAAGGCUGGAUGAUGUUCAACGAGUAA